UUUUUGCUCUAUUCAUUAUAGUUCUGUAGUGAGCUCCAUUAAAUGGAUCUAAAAUACUUUCUAGCUUUACUUACUGGCGUACUUGAAUGCCUACUAUUUUCUGGAAUAUUAUUUGGAUGGGCUUCUUUAAAUUAUGUGCUGCAACAAGAUGGAUAUUUCAGCAACCUUUGUGAUGAAUCAAAUCAAACUUAUCCACACAACGUGUCAAAGUCAUCCAACAAUAUAGUCCCAACAGCAAGUGCUCUCAGCUAUAACGCAACCGCAUUACUUGAUGUUGAAGGAAUAUCUUCGUAUAAUGGAUUUAACACAAAGGAACCCACAAAACAAAUUCAUGAAGAAAAUUUAGGUCAAAUCAUCACUUGUGAUGCUCAAUCUGAACAGCUUAAUUUAGUCUUUACGAUAGCCUCGUCACUACUUUCAUUCUCUACAUUGAUCAAUGGAUAUAUAUACGAUAAAUUCGGGACCUGGGUUUCACGAGUGAUUUCUAUCACCCUUUUUACCAUCGGCUGUUUAUUAAUGAUAGUAUCCAAUGUGGAAUCGUCUUGGUUGCUUUUCCCAGCUAUGACUUGUUUUGCGAUCGGUGGAAUUCUCAUGUUAAUGACUAAUCUACAGAUUGGAAAUUUGUUUGGGCGAUUCCGAUCAUCUGUGAUCACAAUGAUGAGUGGUGCUCUGGAUUCAUCUUCUUUCGUUUUUCUAAUGUACAAGAUGCUGUAUGAUGAAGGUGUAAGUUUAAACACGAUAUUUCAUGUCACAGCUUGGUGUACGAUUUUCCUUUGGGUGAGAACUUUUAUACUGUUACCAAGAAAUCACAUUCCUUUUCCUAUCAAAAAAGAUUAUCAGUUUGGAUUGGCAGAUUGUAAAUCCAGGAAGAAAGAAUUGGAAAUAAUUGAAAUGAAAGAAAAUCAAGAAGUUGAAGCACUAACCGAAUUGACUAAUGAAAAUCAGGAAUCUACUUUUGCUGGUCCUGCCUCGUUUUAUAUAAAAAAGGGCUUGUAUUGGAGUAACACCAUGCAUUUUUCACUCCUGCAACUAAGAAACUACUUUUUCAUGAGUUCACUGGUAAAUUGGCUCACUCCCCUCACUGGAGACUCAAACACUCUAAACUCCUACUUGGUAGCAUUUGGAACAUGUCAGUUGUUUGGUGUUGUGUUUGCCCCAUUUAAUGGAUUGUUAAUUGAUGCAGCUACUCGAAUUCUACGGAAAAAUGCUAAAUUUCCAGAUUUGGUUCCUUUGAAGGCGGUUAGCUUUUCUGCUCUUGCUACCACUCUCCUUGGGACCCUAUUCUCUAUUGUUAUUGUAAUACCGUCCUUGCCUUUACAGUAUGUGUCGUUCAUUCUACAAGUCAUAUUCAGGUCAUUUCUUUAUGGUGGGAGCAUGAGUUUUAUUGCGAUUGCAUUUCCAGGACAACAUUUUGGAAAAUUAUAUGGACUCACAAUGUGCGUCGGGGGCUUGUUUGGGUUGCUUCAGUUUCCGUUAUUUGCUUUUGUUCUACGCAAAAUGGAUGGUGAUUUUUUCAUUAUGAAUAUAAUGUUUGUCUUCAUUUCUCUUUUAACCCUCUUCCACCCAAUAAGGAUAUAUAUGUGGUGCAAACAAAAGGCUAAAAAGUAUGAGAAAUCCAUUGUAAAUAAAACAGAGGAGGAAACUGAUAAAAAAUCUUAAUUACUAGAGAUUGACUCGUUGAAUAUAUAUUGUGACGUACUAUAGGGUAUUUUGUUACAAACCCAGUUUCAGAUUUGAAAUGUUAAAUACAUUAAUAUUGCUAAGAUUUUUUGAUAGGUUUUCUCAAAGCCCAUAUUAGAUGUAUAAUUACUUUGUGUUCAGCAACUUUCCUUCUGUCAAGUUUUUUUGUUGAACAUAGAAAAACAUGAACAUGUUAGUAAUACUAAAUCAUAACACUAAGCGUGAUGUUAUUUUGCUGCUUAUUGGCUAAAUGCAAAGUUCUAAAGCUACUUUUGUACUAACUUUUUUCUGGUACAGAAUCUUUACAAUUAUUUGCUGGUAAUUAUUUAUUUUGAUGUAAUAUAUUUGUUUCUUUUAGUAAGAAUUACCAGCUUCAAAGUGUGCAUGCCUUUUAUUUUUUCUAAUUUGUACUGCUCUAGCAUUAAAUUCAAAAUCGUACUUUUAUAUAUUUAAAAAUAUGCUACAGUUUUCAUAAUUUUUUAACAGUAAUACACAUGACACUCAAAAUACACAACACUGAUUUCUGCUAAAUUCUAAUUGAAUACUCAAAAAGACCAUAUUUUGAACACAUGUGCUUCUUUAUUUAGUUAUUUUUAUAUUUUUAUUGUUGUUAGAUUUGAUCUUGCACACCUUAUUUUGGAUAUUUACAUUUCCUAUUUUGUCAGCCAAAAACAACUGCACCAAUAAAAAUAGCAACAAUUUUUUCUUGUUUUUUAACUUUUCCUUAAUUUUAUUAUUUACAGUCCAUCCACGAAUUUUUAAUGUGUUUUUUGAAGAAACCUUGCUUUCGCCUCAUUAACUGUUAUUUGCAGCUUAUUGUUAGCUAAUUGUUUUUGAGGUGGGGCGCGAGACUUGACAAGUUCUUAAAAAGGGACACGGCUUACAAAGUUUGGAAACCAUUGCCCUAGCUAGAUGCAUUACCAAUGUCAACGAAGAGACUAUUCUAUUUUUAUUGUUAUGUUUCAAUGUUGGCAGUCAUAUCUUUUCUCUCCUCAUACUAAUUGAUUUUUACCGUGAUAUAUAUAAUUUUUUAGGAAUAUGAUAGAUCAGGGAUGUAUUGAUAUUAAUUAGCAGUUGUUUCAGCGACUGAAAAUUAGAAAGUGAAUAAAAGCUGUAGAAACCAUUUGGGAAAAUAAAAUAAAUUUGAAAUCAUGAUUAACAUUACUUUUUUGUUGUAAAAAAUGAUGUGGCUAUGUUGAAAGGAUACCACCUUCCGUUUCCAAUCGCCAUAGAUUUUUUUCCUUCUUCAUGUGCAUAGACUUUAAUGCAUACUACAUGAGAGUUUAGAGACACACACUCGGAUGUUUUAUAUUAAUUAUUGUACAAUGGUUGUUCAUUAUGUAUUCUUCCUCAGUCCUUGAAACUUUGGUAUCAAGUUUUUACGUUUUAAGCUAGAUACCGCACCAGCCGAGAUUUGUUGUGCUGCUAGAUUUGGCCUGUACCUUUUUGUUUUUCCUUGUUCUGCUAUGAGUUUGUUGUCUUCAAUCAUAUGGUGCUAUUUAUUUUUUGUUUUUGAUGCUUACACUGCAUUGCAAGUGCCUUAAUUUUCGUACUAAAUUUUCAAUGUUCAGAAAUAUUUCUUUGUCGA